AUGGCAGGGUGGAAAGUCAGAGUAUUGAGCACAGCAGGACGGCUCACGCUUGCGAAAUCAGUACUUGCAUCGAUCCCUGUACAUUCGAUGGGCACAAUCCUCUUGCCAAAGGCUACAAUGGCUAAACUGGACCAGCUCUCGAGAUCCUUCUUGUGGGGAAGCAAUGGAGGGACCAAAAAACAGCACCUAGUGGCCUGGGAACGAGUGUGUCUCCCCAAGUGGGAGGGAGGUUUGGGCUUGCGUCCCGCAGGAAGUAUGAACAUAGCUAUGAUAGCCAAAGUCGGAUGGAGGCUGUUACAAGACCACACUAGCCUUUGGGCACGUGUACUACGGAGCAAGUACAAGUUAGGUGAAGCUUUAACCGGCAAUUGGAUAGUAAAGAAGAACCAUUGGUCAUCGACAUGGAAGAGUAUAAUGGUGGGUAUCAGGGAAGUGAUUUUCCAAGGUCAAGGCUGGGUUGUAGGAGAUGGGAAGUCCAUUAAGUUCUGGACAGAUAGAUGGGUGUCGGAUCAACCGUUGGUCGAUACCACAAGAGCAGAACUGCCGGAAAAUUAUGAAACCCUAACGGUCAGGGACUUAUGGCAAGAGGGUACAGGGUGGAUCUGGGACAAGAUCCUCCCCUUCGUGUCAGACAAUACGAGACUUGAAUUUCUGUCUUUAGUGGUGGAUACAGUUACAGGCGCAACAGACCGAAUAUCUUGGUUACUUAGCCCGAGUGGAGAAUUCUUGGUGCGAUCAGCUUACAUCCUUCUGACAAGGAUGGAGAAUUCUUGGUGCGAUCAGCUUACAUCCUUCUGA